CCCGCCCACCGCGGGCCGCGCUGCAGACGUGUUUCCGGAGGAGGAGGAGCGGAUCACGCCGCGGACUGUAGCUACGUAGGUGCCGGCGGCAGCGACUGCAGCGCAUGGCGACCCUGGGACAUCCUGCUCGGGAGACACCGGCGGCCCCAGCCCCAGGACACCCCGUGUGCAGUGACGACACCUCCAGGGCGCCCCCCGUAGGCGGUGAAGGCGAAGCAGCUUCUAGGAAGCAAAAGAAGAAGAAAAGCCGGAAUGAGGCCUCUGUGUCGAAUGGAGCCGGGAAGGCCUGCGAAAAGCCGGCCCCAGAGGAAUCCCUCCCAAGCCCGGAGGCCCAGGCGGAGCAGCUGGCUCGGGAACUGGCCUGGUGCGUGGAGCAGCUGGAACUGGGCCUCAAGAUGCAGAGACCCAGCCCGAAACAGAAAGAGCAGGCUAUCGGGGCGAUCCGAACCCUGCGCAGCGAAAGAAUCCCUCUGCCCCGCAAGAGGCAGCUGAUGCGCUCCUUGUUUGGGGAUUACAGGGCUCAGAUGGAGGCCGAGUGGCGCGAAGCCCUGCGGGCUCUCAAGACUGCAGCCCAAUCAGCCCGUGUGCAGCCUGUAGGUGAGGCCACCAGAAAGAAGAGCCGAAGGGUCUGCAGGCCCCGCCUCGAAAGGGGAGCCAAGGCCACCCUGGACGUUCCAGACGAAGAGUUUAGGUUCAAUUUCUUUUAGCCUCUCCUCCCAUCCUGCAGCUGCCCCCUCCCCAGGGUGUAGGGGUUUGCCUGGAGCUCACUCAGUUGGAGGGAUGUGGGGCUGGUCUGUUACCCUGGUGCCUGGCUGCUGGUCAGAUGUGAGGCCAGCAUAUUGAAUACUGUCUGACAAGCACAAGGCCCCGUUUGUAGGUUUUCAGAUGAAUGGUUCCUGCUGCUGGAAGAGGGAGAUCUACCUAAAAAGGCUUCUGCAGUAAACUGGUGUCAGCAUGUUGUAGGAACGUCUUGCUCAGUUUUCAGGGUUAGAUUAUGUGGCUGAGGGUGAGAGGGAAGCUGCAUAAUUGCACAUUGGUGCUCACUUCGGAAAGGCAUGCUGUUACACUGGAUGGUGCUUAGGUAAAGAAAAAAAUAGUAAAAAUAAAAACAAAACAGUAAAAAUGGAUGAGAGAGUGUGUGCUAAUUGCCUGUGUUAGACAAAGUACAGGUGAUGCCAGUGUCGGGUACUGGAGUCCAGGCUCAGCCCAGUGCGGUCCUUUGGUCCUUUGUGUUGUCUUCCUGAGCAAGGGCCACCCGCAGGGAGCAGUGUGGCUCCACAGGCCAGCCUCUGUUCUGAGCUGACCAGGCCAGAGUCCCAGGGCUGGUGCUGCAGUGAAUCGGGUUUUGCAGUUGUCUCAGUCCUCAGUGGCUUUGAUGCUGUCUUUGUUGGUCUCUCACAUUUGCAUCCCAUACUGGAUCGAUAUCUGGAGCCCACCUGUGUAGUCAGCAUCUCUACCUCGAUGUUUCAUAGGCAUUUCACGCUUGUUCAGAACAUUCACUUAGCCCCAGCUGGUGUGGCUCCGUGGUUGAUUGUCAACCUGUGAACCAGGAGAUUGCGGUUUGAUUCCUGGUCAGGGCACAUGCCCGGCUUGCAGGCUGGAUCCCUGGUAGGGGGCGUGCAGGAGGCAGCCAAUCAAUGAUUCUCUCUCACCAUUAAUGUUUCGAUCCCUCUUUCCUUCUCUGAAAUCACUAAAAAUAAAUCUUAAAAAAUACUAAAGAACAUUCAGUUAGCCCCCAAAAUCUCUGUUUUCUGUUUUUGUACCUAAAGUUUUUUAGAAUUUAUUGCAGUAAUACUGGUUGAUGAAAUUUUACAGCUUUUAGGUACAUGAUUCUACAAAUUAUCAUCGGUACAACUGUAUUGUGUGUUCACCACCCCAAGUCAAAUCUCCAUCACCAUUUAUCCCCCCCCCUCCGUACUCCCCCACCUUCCUCCAUCCCUCCUCCCCCUGGCAAUCACCACACUGUUGUCUGUCCAGGAGGUUUUUUUUCUUUUUUGCUCAGUACCACCCACCUCAACCUCCAGCUUCCUCCAGGCCUCAUCCUGACUGAUGCUUGAGCCUCCAGGGUUAGUCCCAGCCCUCCGUGGAGUGACCUAUCAUGCCGGGUACUGUUUCAUCAGUCACUGUAUUGUGCCCAGGACAGUGUGAAGGCUGGUGGGUGAGGCCUCACAGGGGGCCUGCACAUUUUCAUGCUCCUGACUGACAUCUGAUGUGGCCCCCUCCCCCUGUUCCAAUCCUGCUGCUCCUGAAGUAACCACAUUAAUCCUGCAUCAAGGUCUUUACUGGCUUCUGGGAGAAACAGCUUUCAGAAAGUAACUGCCCUGGCCAGAGUUGCUCAGUGG